AGUACUCCUAACAACUUCCAAGUGUAAACUUGCGUCUUUGGCUGUACGUAGGACAGGAGACACAUUUCCAGGUACCAAAAUCAUACAAUACAUUUCAGAGAAUUACGGGCCAGACAGAAACACAACAAAAACUUGCCGAAUUCCGGCUGUCAUAAAUCCACACUGUCCUCAAAUAAUGAAUACACGAAAUGUCUGGAUUGCAAGGUGCAGACAGAGAGCACAUAUGCUAAACACAUAAUGUAUAUAUUUGCUGCAAAAAUUGUUUUUCUUUCAUGAGACAACUGUGGUUGGGCAAGAGGCAAUGAGUGCGGGAUUUCUCGCGAUAAUCCCUGUUGAUUCCGAUCCGGUUAGUGCUGAAUGAUUCUGGAAAGAUGGCGGUCAGCAUCCGAGGCCGUCCGAGCCGAAGCGUUCGGAUGCGAGGUCGGAAUGACAGUGGGGAGGAAAAUGUACCACUCGAUCUUUCUAGAGAUCCUUCAGACAACCUCCGGGAAAUCCUACAGAAUGUUGCCAAGCAACAAGGAGUCUCCAACAUGCGCAAACUCGGUCACCUGAACAACUUCAUAAAGCUUCUCUGCAAGGUCGGCCACUCAGAAGAGAAGCUUGGGUUUACACAUGAAGAGAUCAUAAUUUGUCUCCGGUUAGCGCUGUUGAACGAGGCUAAGGAAGUGCGAGCUGCAGGGCUGAGGGCUCUACGCUACCUGAUCAGAGACAGCACUAUUCUCCAGAAGGUCCUCCGUCUUCAGGUGGACUACCUGAUCGCCAGGUGCAUAGACAUCCAGCAAAGCAAUGAGGUGGAGAGGACACAGGCUCUCAGGCUGGUGCGAAAGAUGAUCACUGUGAAUGCACUGCUCUUCCCCUCGUCUGUCACCAACUCCCUCAUUGCCGUGGGCAACGAUGGGCUACAGGAGCGAGACCGCAUGGUUCGCGCCUGUAUUGCCAUCAUCUGUGAACUUGCUGUGAAGAACCCUGUGGUGGUGGCCCAGAGGCGUGGUCUCAGCACCAUUCUGAAGAACGUGAUCGACUGUCAGCUGAGCCGCAUCAACGAGGCACUCAUCACUACCAUCCUACACCUCCUCAACCACCCACACACACGCCAGUAUGUGCACUCGGAUGUGGAGCUCGAGCAAAUCCUGGCCCCUUACACUGACUUCCACUACAGACACAAUGCAGACACGGCAGAGGGGCAGCUCAAGGAAGACAGGGAGGCUCGUUUCCUGGCAAGUAAAAUGUCCAUAGUUGCUUCCUUUCGCUCCUGGUCAGGCAUCAUUAACCUGUGCAAGUCAGGCAACUCUGGAAUCCAGUCUCUUAUUGGCCUGCUCUGUAUACCAAAUAUGGAAGUAAGGAAAGGCUUAUUAGAGGUGAUAUAUGAUAUAUUCCGGCUCCCCAUGCCGGUUGCGACUGCAGACUUUAUUGAAGCACUUAUCAGUGUGGACCCUAGCAGGUUCCAAGACAAUUGGAGGUUAUCAGAUGGCUUUGUGGCUUCUGAAGCAAAAGUUAUCCUUCCACAUCGAGCUCGAUCAAGGCCUGACUUAAUGGAUAAUUACCUGGCGUUGGUACUGUCUGCCUUCAUCAAGAGUGGACUUCUUGAGGGUCUCGUUGAGGUUAUCACAAGCACUGAUGACCCCAUCUCUGUGCGAGCCAUCAUUCUACUGGGAGAACUGCUUCACAUGGCCAACACCAUCCUCCCCCACUCCCACAGCCACCACCUGCACUGUCUACCCACACUCAUCAACAAGGCUGCCUCCUUCGACGUCGCCCAGGAGAAGAGACUACGGGCGAGUGCAGCGGUCAACUACCUGAAACGUUUCCACGAGAAGAAGAAGAGAGGACCCAAACCCAACAGCCUGUACCUGGACCACAUCAUCCGCAAAUCGAAGGCUUCUCACUACUGUAGAGAUCAGCACUUUAGACCACAGAGAGAUAUCUUUGUCAUUAAGGACACUGAGGAUGCUCUUAUGAUGAACCUGAGAGACAGCCACAUCCUCAACCACAAAGAGAACCUGGACUGGAACUGGGUUCUCAUCGCAACAAUAUUGAAGUGGCCAAACGUUAACCUGCGGAGCAAUAAAGAUGAACAAAUGCACAGGUUUGUACGCAGGCUGCUGUUCUUCUAUAAGCCCAGCAGUAAGCUGUACUCCAGCCUGGAGCUGGACCACAGUAAGGCCAGGCAGCUCACUGUGGUAGGAUGUCAGUUCAUCGAGUUCCUCCUGGAGUCUGAGGAGGAUGGGCAGGCAUACCUGGAGGACCUGGUGAAGGACAUAGUCCAAUGGCUCUCCUCUUCCUCGGGGCUCAAGCCUGACCGCGGUCUCCAGAGCAACGGGUUGCUCACCACUCUCAGCCAGCACUACUUCCUGUUCCUGGGCACUCUUUCCUCACACCCGCAUGGCGUCAAGAUGCUGGAGAAGUGCAGUGUCUUCCAGUGCCUGUUGAACAUCUGUACUCUGAAAAAUCAGGACCACCUGCUGAAACUCACUGUCUCCAUACUGGACUACAGCCGUGACGGGCUGUCCAGGGUCAUCCUGUCCAAGAUCCUCACUGCUGCCACUGACAACUGCAGGUUGUAUGCCACUAAACACCUGCGAGUGUUGCUUCGUGCCAAUGUGGAGUUCUUCAGUAACUGGGGCAUCGAGCUGCUGGUCACCCAGCUCCACGACCGCAACAAGACCAUCUCCAUGGAGGCGUUGGACAUACUGGACGAGGCCUGUGAGGACAAGGCAAACCUCCAUGCUCUGAUCCAGAUGAAGCCAGCUCUCACACACCUGGGGGACAAGGGCGUCCUGCUGCUGCUACGGUUCUUGUCCAUUCCAAAGGGCUUCUCCUACCUAAGUGAGAGGGGUUACGUCACCAAGCAGCUAGAGAAAUGGCAGAAGGACUAUAACCUGAAGUAUGUGGACAUGAUAGAGGAGCAGCUGAACGAGGCUCUCACCACGUACCGCAAGCCUGUCGAUGGAGACAACUAUGUACGCCGAAGCAACCAAAGGUUACAGAGGCCAAAUGUUUAUCUUCCUGUUCAUCUGUAUGGCCAGCUUGUCCAUGAUAAGACAGGCUGCCAUCUACUGGAAGUCCAGAAUGUGGUUCCUGACCUAAGCUACACUGUCCGUUCCCCAAUGCUGGACAAGUGGGAGGGCAUCAAACAGCUAAAGGCAGCACUUUGGGCCUUGGGUAACAUAGGGUCAUCAAACUGGGGGUUGAACCUCUUACAGGAGGAGGGGGUGAUCCCUGACAUAGUGGUUCUGGCCCAGCACUGUGAGGUUCUCUCCAUCAGGGGGACGUGUCUGUACGUGUUGGGGCUGAUCUCAAAGACACGUCAGGGCUGUGACAUGCUGAAGCAGCACGGCUGGGACGCUGUAAGACACAGCCGGCGGACGCUGUGGCCCGUUGUCCCAGACGACAUGGAGCCCUCCCCCAACCCGCCCAGCCUGCUGUCCUCUGUCCCCUCCACCCUCAGCCUCGCCUCUGACUCCACCAGCUCUAGACACAACAGUGAGAGUGACUCCACACAGCCCAGUAAGUCUCAGCCCAGUAUGUACAUCAUGGACGAUGAGCGGCUGGAGAACUGUGACCUGUCGGACGAUCCUCCCAUGUACAUGAGACCCAAGUACAAGGACCGCAGCCCCUUCACCCUCCUGGCUUCCAGCCACUUCCGUAACCGCCUCCUCCACUCUCUGUCGCUCUCCGGGAAGAUGCUGCGCAGCACCAGCGACCCUAAGGGCACCACCAGGGACCACGGAGGAGGGAUGGAAGAGGAUCAGGGGCGCAAACGCACCGUUACUGAACCCAGCUACACUUUUGGAUCUUCAGAUGUCUUCCCAAUCUAUAAUGAUGGCCACCUGCCCAAAAGCCCCUCUGUCAACCUAGAAACUUCCAUUGUGGGCAGCAAGACCCCUGAAAACCAGGGCAGCACCCCCAACCUCGGUGAGGGAGAUGGGGAAGGGAGGCUGCCAGGCCGGUCAGUGGGGGUAGGAGGGUCAGGGGUGGGUGGGGAGAACCAGAGAGAGCAGACUAGCCGGGAACGCCUGGCCGGGGAUGGCCCGUCCGGAGGGGGCGGGGGGGCUCAGUUUAAAUCGCGCAGUCAGAGCUUCAACACGGACACAACCACCAGCGGCAUCAGCUCUAUGAGUUCCAGCCCCUCCAGGGAGACCCUGCCCUCCACCAUCGACACGGACGGUGUCAGCCUCAACAGUGUGAUCAGCGCCCAGACCAUCCAGACCCUGACCUCCCUCACCCCCCAGCCCCACACCGCCCACCUCUCCUCCCUGUCCAAAUCUAGCUCUACCUCCCUGGUGCCCCCCGGCUCCUCCCACACCCUCCCCCGCCGCGCCCAGUCUCUCAAGUCGCCUUCGUUGACCACCCUGAGCGGCCUGACGGACUGCAGCCUCAUGUACUCCAACUCCCGCGACGCGCUGGGCUACGCCACGCUGAAGUACGCCACUUCCUGUGACACGUACGCCAGUCAGCGUGAUGCGCUGGGCUACGCCACGCUGAAGUACGCCACUUCCUGUGACACGUACGCCAGUCAGCGUGAUGCGCUGGGCUACGCUACGCUGAAGAGGCUACAGCAGCAGAGGAUCCACUCGUCCCUGUCCCACAGCGAGGCUCUGGCCUCCCCAGCCAAAGACGUGCUCUUCACUGAUACCAUCACCAUGAAGACAGGCAGCCUGGACUCCAGACUCACCCCACGGCGGUUCCUGAAGGCUCUGAGUUUUGCCUCCCUGGACAAGGAGGAUCUGCUGAGCCCCAUCAGCCAGAACACUCUGCAGCGGUCCUCCUCAGUGAGAUCCAUGGUGUCCAGCGCCACCUACGGCAGCUCUGAUGACUUCAUCGGCCUGGCGCUGCCAGUGGACAUUAACAACAUGUUUCAGAUAAAAGAAACACCAUAUUUCCUGAAGAGGACCAGCCCUCCCUCUGAGGACAGAUCUGCCAAAUUCUUCUCUGGAGACUCAGAUGGCCCCAGCCCUCACUCCAGGCAUGCAGUGCUUCGCUCCCAGCUGAGCAUCACAGAGCUGAUGGGGGUGAGCCGGGCGGAGCAGCAGAAGUUGCUGGGCUCAGAGGAGACUGGUCUACAGGAACACAACGAUGACAACUGCCUCUACUGCACUGGGCUCUCUGUGCUUGGCUUCAGCGCUUCCAAUAGCAGCCCAGACUUGACAGAGGAACCCCCUUUCUCAGAAUGGUGCGGUCCGCCUGUGCAGAACCACCUGGAGGUCAUGGGCCAAACCAAACUGUCAGGGGUUUCCGGGUGCAGUGAUGCUGUGUCUCAGGGCUCCCCAGGAAGCACCCGCAGCACUGAACUGAUUUUGGGAGUGAAGUCCAUUCCAGAGGAAUCGCCAGCCGGCAGGGUUCUCCUCAGGAAGGAGGUCCUGCGUCUCGUGGUCAACCUCAGCUCCUCUGUGGGGAUCAAAGGCCACGAGACUAACCUGCUAACGAUCAAGGAGAAAUUCCCAUAUGCAUUCGAUGACAUCUGUCUCUAUUCUGAGGUGUCUUACCUGCUUGCCCACUGCAUGUUCCGUCUGUCCGCACGCCGCUUCAUCCAGGAGCUCUUUCAAGACGUGCCAUUCAUUCCGAUGUACGAAGAGGCAGAGGCCAUCCUCUCCAUGCCCCCAAAGAAUGGACCGGCCGACCCUCCCACUGAGCCCUGAGUCAACCCUACUGCCCUUCCCUUCUGUCUCACAGCCUGUCAAACCCUGAGUCACCACUACUGAUCUUCCAGUCAACCACAACCCCUAAAGCCUGAAUCACACCCCACCCCCGGAACCUUCAGCUUACCCUCAAACCUCAACCCCCGGAACCUUCAUUUAACCCUCAAACCUCAACCCCCGGAACCUUCAUUUAACCCUCAACCCCCACCCCCGGAACCUUCAGCUAACCCUCAAACGUCAACCCCACCCCCGGAACCUUCAGCUUACCCUCAAACCUCAACCCCCGGAACCUUCAUUUAACCCUCAACCCCGGAACCUUCAUUUAACACUCAAACCUCAACCCCCAUGACCCUUCAGUUAACCCUCAACCCACACCCCCCUGAACCUUGGACUUUGUAGCCCUCAAACAUCAGUCAACCCACACCCCUGACGUGUGAGACAACCCUAACCCCUCAACCACAAACGCUUGAGUCACUACCAACCACAGCUCUUUAGGGCCUGAGUCACCUUCCACCCCCACAUCCUCCCUUACCUCUCCAUACCAGAGUGCACUCACUGUAUGUCCUCCUGGGAUUUGGACAAAAAUGAAAAUAUGGAGGGAAGAAAUAUGUUCUUCCUAUUGACUAAGUUUUAGAUAUGAUGGAUGAUAACGCAGGAUGAACAAAUAUUCUGUUUUUUUUUAUCUGAUCAAAUGAUGGCAGCCAGCUAUGAGUGUUUUUAACAGAGCUCAUUUUUGGGAAAUUCUUCACAAACUGAGCUUGGAUCACAAUCAAAUCCAAAUGACUUAAAACGGUCCAUCAUUCCUGAGGGCUUCCUCAGUUAUUUUUAAUAUAUGACUGCAUCCCAACCACUGGUGUGAAAUACCACAGCAUGUUGUUUUUGGCUUGGCUUCUCCCAAAGUGGAUCCAUUGACUUUGACUUAAACACUAAAGAGUAGGGUUCCUCUGCAUAACACUAAAACCUCUGCAUCUGGAGAGAGGACCAUGCCAUUGUGAAAAUCAUUGCGCCUGAACAAAGAACAGUGAAGGAGAAUAGUGAUAAAUACUUUUGGUAUUGCUCUAUUUAAUGACGUCAGAUACAGGUCAGCCAAAUGAUCAUCAUUCACUGGUGCAGUUUGGUGGUUGUCUCUCUUAUUUGUUGAUGUGCUAAAGAGGAAAUGUUCCUCCUUGCCCUUUGCUGAAUUUUGUUUUGUUAUUUUGUUUAGGACUUUGUUUGUCUGUGUUUUUAAGCAUAUAUAUUAAGAACUGAACAACUCCAUGUAGGAGUGAAAUCUAUCAAAACAUUGAACAUCUGUCUGUGUGUUUCAGCACAGAAGAGUUAUUAACGGUCAGUUACUCAACUGAUGACUGAAACUAUGGCUGCAUUUAUUUUUGUUUACGACCUAGAAAUUUAAACCCUAAAAUAAAAGUGCAGGGUGGAAACAAGAGAUUUGGUUCUCAUCAAAGUAGAGGAAGACCUGUAUGACUGCUACCCCUUCUGUCAUAAAUUUAUUCAGAACAUGGUUCAUGAAAACAGUCACUAUUUGAUGGCCAUGUAGAGUUGCUGCUUCAUUCCACAGUCAUUCAGUAGCCAUUCCCAUCAGUUUCCAUUCAUUUCUGUCAGUUGCCAUUCCACAGUCAUUCAGUAGCCAUUCCCAUCAGUUUCCAUUCAUUUCUGUCAGUUGCCAUUCCACAGUCGGAAGCCAUUCCUGUCCGUUUCCAUUUCUCAGUCAGUUGCCAUUAAUUCCUGUGUUAGUUGCUGUUCCUUAGACUGUGUCCUUGGGAGUCACUGUCUGCUUGUUCUUAAUCUGGUAAAACUGGGGAAUAAUGAAACUGGAGUAAACGUUUUGAAGUGGAGCUCAGGUACUGCCUGAACAUGUCCAAUAAGAACACUCGUUUAAUUGGAAAACUCAGCCACUUCCGGGUGGAAAUCUAGCUACAUGUUUGUAAAAUGACGGAUUAAAACAGUCACUGUACUGUUUGUGUUUUUGCUAUGCAAGAUGCCUGUUAAUUGUGAGCCCAAAUGUACAUGUAUAGGUUAUUAACUGGUUUGAUAUAUUUCAGCUUUUGUUUGAAUUUUGUUUAGCUGUUGGCUCAUUGUUUCAUUACUGUUUUAAAGAAGUGGUGGCUACCAUUGUGUGGUCCUUUCCAACAGGAUUCACUUUGACUGAAGAUGGUACUUGCUGCACUGAAUCCUUCAACAUGCACGUAUGACUAUUCUGACAAUGGAAGUGUUUCGGCCUACUGUUGAAAAUGGCCUUGGUUAAGUGAUGAAUUUGUUAGAGAAAUGGACUGGUGAAAAGAGGAUUGGGGUGCACUUAGCAAUCAACAUGAAAUAAGUAUGUAAUUACUACAGAAAAUAUUUUCCUGUAUAAAUGCGUAAUGUUGAAAAGUUAGGUCCUCUGCGAGCAGAGAAUUGUAUAGUUGCAGCCCACAAUGUGCAUAGUGGAUCACUGCUCUAAAUGAAAAAUAAAUGUGGAUAUUUAAUAUCGCAGAUUCCCACUCAACUAUACCUUCAUAUAACCUUAUUUUGCACGUUUGCAUUCUAAGAGACCUCAGUUCACCUUUUCAACAAACUGCAAAAUUCUAAAUAGUGGUUAAAUGUUGUUUUUUGUCAAGUCUACAGUACAUUUCAUAGUUAGACACAUUUGAACAUAAUACUGAUGUUUCAGAUAUAUAUUGAAUAAGGUCAAUUAUUUGGGAACAUAAUUGUACUACUUUCUCUUGGGGACCAAAAAGCUAAACUGAAAAGCCAAUAAUUAUUUGUUAUCUAGCAAUUGUUUGAAACAACAGGAAGUAGUAACUUAAAUAUUGAACUUUGUCUACAUUUGAGUGAUUUGAAGUGGACUUUUGCUGAUAAAGCACUGUAAUGGGGAUGUGAAAACAAAGCCUUUAUUGUACCUGGACCGUUUAGGAACAGAGAGACAAAGAUAAGAGAAGUGUUAUUUAUAUUUUUCCUCAAGUGAAAACAUUUUCAAGAAGAUGUAUAUAAGUCUGUGUGUCUCCCCCUAAUUUGUGGUUUUCCUUGUACAGAACUAUGUAUGUUUUUGGCAUUUUAUUUAGGCCAUUAGAAUCAUUCUUAUUAAAGGGAUGCAUUGAUAAUAAAAAUAUCAUCUACUCA